AAGCGCGCGUUCGAAUUCGAAGCCACCAAAUCCUCCAAUCUCCUCUCGCGCUCCUCCUCCGAUGGCCCGCACGAAGCAGACGGCGCGCAAGUCGACGGGCGGCAAGGCGCCACGGAAGCAGCUGGCGACGAAGGCGGCGCGCAAGUCGGCGCCGGCGACGGGCGGCGUGAAGAAGCCGCACCGCUUCCGCCCCGGCACCGUGGCGCUGCGGGAGAUCCGCAAGUACCAGAAGAGCACGGAGCUGCUGAUCCGGAAGCUGCCCUUCCAGCGGCUGGUGCGGGAGAUCGCGCAGGACUUCAAGACGGACCUCCGGUUCCAGUCCUCGGCGGUCGCCGCGCUGCAGGAGGCUGCUGAGGCGUACCUGGUGGGGCUCUUCGAGGACACCAACCUCUGCGCCAUCCACGCUAAGCGCGUCACCAUCAUGCCCAAAGACAUUCAGCUCGCGCGCCGCAUCAGGGGCGAGAGGGCCUGAGCGCGCCGGUGGCUCGUGCUGCCGCUUCACAUCCGUCGAUUGCUCUUUUGUGUUCUUGCUCCCUAGUAGAUGGAAGUAUCGCUGCUUGCCAUGCUGGUAAUAUCUUGUAAUGGUCUGGCGUAUUGGUCUCAUAUGAAUGGAAUGCGAUCGGUGCUCUGCUAUUGGCUGUGUUCUUGCAAGAUUAGCUGUCCUUUGCUCUGAUCUUAGAACGCGGAUCAUUUGAAUUCAUCUGUUCUUGUGCUUCAAAGAAUCCGGCAAGCUGCCUGGAUCUGGAUGGAACAAUGAAUUAUUUUUCAGACGUC